GACGGAGACAUGACGGUCUCUUCGAAAGAAGAUCGUCAACAGAAACGGUUCCAAGUUGUCACGGACGCGAAGACAGGAACAUUGCAUUGUCCAAUCUUGCAUCUGCAUGUCUUUGAAUCAUGGAGGGGAAUCGCUUGCCAGCUUCUUCAGUUGGCAGCAAGUGUGGCAGCUGCCGUGGCUGAGAAGGAGAGUCAUCGGCGUUAUGAAUUCGGCGAUAAGAAGGCAACCAGCCCAAUCGAUAAGAAGCCAACCCACUAAAAAGAUCUUAUCUUAUCGCCCUUAUCGUCUCAACUCUAGAAUUUUUGGCCGCCAUGGUACGGCAAGCGCAGCGACAGCAGCAGCGCAAUCGACCACAGCCAACCACCGCACCAAUUAACACCAUCACCAACCUUAACCCCUCCCUCAGACCACCCCACCACAAUCCAAAAUGGGUCGCGAACUUCAAAAGCGCAAGGCGCGCUCCUCGCGCUCCAAAGUGAAGAUGCCCAACCGCCGCACGAAGGCUCUCAACCCCCUAGGAAAUAGCAUCAUCGCCCAGAACUGGGACAAGAAACAGACCCUCUCCCAAAACUACACCCGCUUCGGCCUCGUCGCAAGGCUAGGCAAAACAACAGGCGGCACCGCCCCCAACGACAAAUCCAAACUCCGCACCGACGUCCAAGACCCCCUCGCCGUGCAGUCUUACUCCAACUCUGGCUCCCUCCGCGUCCGCGAGGUAAAAGUCGAGCGCGACCCCGAGACGGGAAAGAUCCUCCGGAUCAUCAAGGAUACCAACCCUUUGAAUGACCCGCUAAACGACCUCGAGUCUGGAGAUGAGGGUGAAUCAACAGAGAAGAAGGAGUACGAGGAAUGGGGCGGGUUAGCGGGGGAGACGUAUGAGAAGAGCGAAGUUCUCAAGGCGUUGGAAAGGGAGGCGGGAAGAGAAGUGGUGGCGAAACCGAGGUAUCAGAGUGAUAGGGAGAGGGAGUGGUUGGAGAGGUUGGUGGAGAGGCAUGGGGAGGAUGUGGGUGCUAUGGCGAGGGAUAUGAAGUUGAAUCCGAUGCAGCAGACGCCCGGGGAUUUGAAGAGGAGGUUGAAGAAGGCGGGGCUGAUUUAGGGGCGUUUAAUGCUGAGAGGGUUCUGCUACAUUGGGGCUUCUGUUGAGGAUGUAAAUUGAGCCUCACAGUGUGGCUCUCUAACAAGGCGGCUGUAGAUGGGGAAGAGGUUCAUGUCACUCAUAAUACCGGCGUUUUCUGGCGUUUAUAGUUGGUCUUCAUCUGAUCUGGCGGAAAUGGAAAAAUCUGUGGUUUUGAUUAGAGCACUUGGGCCUAAAUUAGCGAAGGCGGUCGAACAGGCGGUUGAGCAGGUCGUUAGGUCAGGUUGCUGGACUUGAACUAGAUGAUUAUCAAGACAUUCGGAAGUCCUGCCACCUGGGCAACCACUUGUUAGUUUAACAUUCAUCAUAAACCCCAUGAGAUGAUGG